UGGCGGGGUCCGGCGGGUGGGCGCGGCCACAGCUCCAUCUUCCACCGCAGGCUGGUCGGUCUUGCUCCCUGGCCAAAUGGCGCCGCGGCCGCUGGGCCCCUUGGUGCUGGCUCUGGGUGGCGCCGCAGCAGUGCUGGGCUCGGUGCUCUUUAUCCUCUGGAGAGCUUACUUCGGCCGCAGCCGGGAGCGGCGCUGGGACCGGGGCGAGGCCUGGUGGGGCGCGGACACUGCCCGCCUCCCUCAGUGGGACGAGUGGGAGCCCGAGGACGAGGAAGAUGAGCCGGCCUUGGAAGAGCUGGAGCAGCGGGAAGUGUUGGUGCUGGGCUUGGAUGGCUCAGGGAAAAGCACGUUCCUGCGCAUGCUGGCCGGGAAGCCACCGGUGGAAGGCCACGUCCCCACCUGGGGCUUCAACUCAGUUCGGCUGCCUACCAAGAAUUUCGAGGUGGACCUGUUAGAGAUUGGUGGCAGCCAGAACCUGCGCUUCUACUGGAAGGAGUUUGUCAAUGAGGUGGACGUGCUGGUGUUCAUGGUGGACUCGACUGACCGGCUAAGGCUGCCCUGGGCUCGGCAGGAGCUGCAGAAACUGUUGGACAGGGAUCCGGAUCUGCCUGUUGUUAUAGUGGCCAACAAGCAGGACCUGAGCGGGGCCAUGAAUAUGGUGGAGCUGCAGCAGGAGCUGGGCCUCCUUGCUAGUUAUAACCAGAGGGAGGUUUUCCUCUUGGCAGCCAGCAUUGCCCCUGCAGAAUCUGGCUUUGGGGAACCCGGCACUGUGCAAAUCUGGAAAUUGCUCUUGCAGCUUCUCUCCUAAGCUGAACCCACCUGCCUGCUGCCCAGCCUUGGAGACCACAGUUCUGCCUUCUCCCACAUCGUUGUUGCUAGCCUAGGCCUUGGGCAGGAGCAUCAUAGCAACGCUUCCUCUCUCCCUCAAGAGCAAGGCCAAGUCUGUGCAGAAGCCUUCCCGGUGAAGUAGAUGUGGGGCUGAGGCAGGGAGGAUGCCGUAGUGUAGCUCCAGCUUGCCUUGCCUUCCUGCAGUGUGAUGCUCAGCAGGCUCAGUGCCCCUCCCUGCAGGUCCCACUGCUUACAGAGCAGUGUGGAUAUCACAGGUACUUCUGAGCCUUCGUCUCCCGUCUCAUGGUUCACUCCUGGUAAUGUCGUACAUUUACCAUGUGGAAAGGUUCUGGGUACAGCACAGCAAGUCCUUGCUCCUAGUCCUUCAUUAUCCUCCAGCCCCUGCUCGCUCUGUCUGUGGCCUUGUGUUCCUGCCUUUCUAGUCCCUGGGGCCAUUAUUUUCAAAGGGAGAUGAUUUCCAUGUUUUUUUUUCUAAACGCCAUCCCUGGCAGUGCCAAACCUGAAAACCUUAGCAGAGAGUCUUCUCGACACCUCCCCACUGUUACUAUGACCUGGCCUUGCCAGCCUUUAUUGACCACAAAGUGCAGUUCACUGAACAGGGUGAAGGGUGGUUUUGCCCAGGUCUGGAGACAACCUGCUGCUUUUGUACUAACUGUGCCAACGCCAUGUUUACACAAGUCUAGAGAAGGAAGGAGCCCGAGUCCUGGAACAAGACUGGAGCUGGGGGGUGGGGGUGGGUCAGCCUCAGAAUGGCAUUUUAUUUAUUUAUUUAUGUAUUUAUCAAAGGAAUGGGCCAAAGUUCUAGGUUCUGUUUCUAGGUGCUGUAAUGAAAACCCUAGGAGACUGUCAGAAAAGCUGAAGCUUUGAGAACUGUUUGGAAUUACGGUUGAGAUUAGGUAACCUAUAACUGUCCAUGGAGACACAGGACUGUAGUUUUCCCCUCUCCCAAACUGGCCUUGAGACCAUAACUGGAAGCAAGUACCUCAAGGAGACCUAGUACUCAUGGUCCAGGACUUAGGACAGGACUAGAAGAGCCAUCAGAAUGACUCUUCCUGUGCCCACGGCGGGCACAUCACCAAGCCUUCUGGGACCAUUUAUUUGCCAGCCAAAAACCGACUGAAAUUCUGUAUUCUCUGAAGUGAACAUUCCAUGACCCUGGUGCAGGCAAAAAAGCCUCGGUCUGCCAGGGACACUGAAUGACAACAGCACUGUUGUUUGAGACAGUGUCACUCUCUAGCUCAGGCUGGCCUUGAAUUGGUGGCACUUGUCCUUCCUCAGCCUCCCGUGCUGGGAUUAUAGGAAGCACUGUGCUAUCAUGCCUGACGUUCAGUCUGCUGUUUGAGAAUCACUGUGCUGUCUGCCAGUUGCCCAACAUACAGCCCGGGAAGUGGAAAGCAUCCUCGUUAACGUGAGCACAAUCAUCAGAAGGGGGGCGUGCUGUGCCCUUGGACUCCAGCCUACGAGAACAGAAUUACUACAGGACAAAUCACUCUCAUUACAAGUGAUUGUCCUGCUUUUGUAUUAAAUAUUUAAAGAAUGACUAGGAUUUUAAAGUAGUUGAAAUUUUGUUGGAUAUUGUAUGUCUGUUCUGAGGAUUCCACCUCUCCCCAGUGCUAAAGCUUACCUUACAACCAGACUUAUUGAGAGAAUUCCUUUUUUCUAACUGAAAGACCUUUGUCUAAUGAGUUUCAUCAUGUACAACUGUCAUAUUGUCCAAGGGGCAGGGGGGUGUUAAGAAUAAAAAAUUUCACUGUG